UUGUAGAACAAGCAACAGGAAGAGUUUGAUAGGCAAUGGUCAGUCUCCAGCUCUGCCUCGGCCUCAUUCACCGCUCUCAGCUCAUGCAGGAAACAGUCCUCAAGAUAGCCCUAGGAAUUUCUCUCCCAGUGCCUCAGCCCACUUUUCUUUUGCACGAAGUCAUGGGCACCGAACUGACAGGACUGAUGGUCGCCGCUGGUCUUUGGCUUCUCUCCCUUCUUCUGGCUAUGGUACAAAUACCCCCAGCUCAACUGUCUCUUCAUCCUGCUCAUCCCAAGAGAAGCUACACCAGUUACCAUACCAACCAACACCUGAUGAACUACACUUCUUGUCUAAACAUUUCUGUACCACUGAGAGUAUUGCCAGUGAUAACAGGUGUAGGACCACUGCAAUGCGCCCUCGGUCACGAAGUCUCAGUCCUGGACGUUCUCCUGUCUGCUGUGACAAUGAAAUAAUUAUGAUGAACCAUGUCUACAAAGAAAGGUUCCCAAAGGCCACAGCUCAGAUGGAAGAGAGGCUUCGGGACAUUAUAACAAAUCAUUCUUCAUAUAAUGUCCUUCCACUGGCAGAUGGAGUGCUCAGUUUUACCCACCAUCAGAUCACAGAACUGGCUCGAGAUUGUUUGGAUAAAUCCUGCCAGGGCCUCAUCACAUCACGAUAUUUCCUUGAAUUACAGCAGAAAUUAGACAAAUUGCUACAGGAGGCUCAGGAGCGAUCAGAGAGCAGAGAAAUGGCAUUUAUUAAGCAACUUGUCCGAAAAAUCCUGAUAGUUAUUGCUCGUCCUGCUCGCUUACUGGAAUGCCUGGAAUUUGAUCCUGAAGAGUUUUACUAUCUUUUGGAAGCAGCUGAAGGCCAUGCUAAAGAGGGGCAAGGCAUUAAAACAGACAUCCCUCGAUACAUAAUUAGCCAGCUGGGCUUAAAUAAAGAUCCUCUGGAAGAAAUAGCUCAGCUAGCUAGCUGUGACAGUGGGACAGCAGAAACUCUCGAAGUGGAUGAAUCAGUAAAUAGCUCUAAUACCUCACUGAAGCUGCAGAGGAAGCCUCGGGAAAGUGAUUUUGAAACAAUUAAACUGAUUAGUAAUGGAGCUUAUGGUGCGGUUUAUUUUGUGAGACACAAAGAAACCAGACAAAGAUUUGCCAUGAAGAAAAUUAAUAAGCAGAAUCUCAUCCUCCGAAAUCAGAUCCAACAGGCCUUUGUUGAGCGUGAUAUCUUGACAUUUGCAGAAAAUCCAUUUGUUGUCAGCAUGUAUUGCUCCUUUGAAACGAGACGUCAUUUAUGCAUGGUCAUGGAAUACGUAGAAGGUGGAGACUGCGCUACUUUGAUGAAGAAUAUGGGUCCCUUACCUGUAGACAUGGCAAGGAUGUACUUUGCAGAGACUGUUCUGGCCUUGGAAUACCUUCAUAAUUAUGGAAUUGUACACAGGGAUUUGAAACCAGACAAUUUAUUGGUAACAUCCAUGGGCCAUAUAAAGCUUACAGACUUUGGCCUGUCAAAGGUGGGGCUUAUGAGUUUGACUACCAAUCUGUAUGAGGGUCACAUUGAGAAGGAUGCCAGAGAAUUCCUUGACAAACAAGUCUGUGGUACACCUGAAUACAUAGCUCCUGAAGUGAUACUGAGACAGGGUUAUGGAAAACCAGUGGACUGGUGGGCUAUGGGAAUUAUCCUUUAUGAAUUUCUUGUUGGGUGUGUGCCAUUCUUUGGAGAUACACCAGAAGAGCUGUUUGGACAAGUAAUCAGUGAUGAAAUCAACUGGCCUGAAAAGGAUGAAGCACCACCUCCAGAUGCCCAGGAUCUGAUUACCCUGCUGCUCAGGCAGAAUCCUUUGGAAAGACUGGGAACAGGUGGUGCAUAUGAAGUAAAGCAGCAUAAGUUCUUCAGGAGCCUUGACUGGAAUAGUCUGCUGAGGCAGAAAGCAGAAUUCAUUCCACAAUUGGAGUCUGAAGAUGACACAAGCUAUUUUGACACUCGUUCUGAGAAAUACCACCAUAUGGAAACUGAGGAAGAAGAUGAUACCAAUGAUGAAGAUUUUAAUUUGGAGAUAAGACAGUUUUCCUCAUGUUCACACAGAUUCUCAAAAGUUUUUAGUAGCAUAGAUCGAGUCACUCAAACACAAGCUGAAGAAAAGGAAGAUGCAGGAGACAAAACAAAAAGUGUAACAUUGCCUUCUGUGGAAUCUUUAAGCUGGAGUUCAGAAUAUUCUGAAAUACAACAAAUAUCUACAUCCAUCUCCUCUGACACUGAGAGCAGCAGGCAGCAACACAGUUCUGGUUUGCUUCCGAAGUUGGCCAUAUCAGCCGAAGGAGAACAGGAUGAUUCUGCUGGCUUAGUGGGACCCCGGGAGGAACAGGAAAAGCCUGUGUUUGUGAGUGGGGAUAUAGUGCAAGAUGAACCUGAAGUAACCACUCCAGCAAGUACGAUCAGCAGCUCCACACUAUCAGUUGGCAGUUUUUCAGAGCACUUAGAUCAGAUAAAUGGAAGAAGUGAGAGCGUGGACAGUACCGAUAACUCCUCAAAGCCACCCAGUGAAGUUGCAUCUCAUAUGGCUCGUCAGCGAUUAGAAAGCACAGAGAAAAAGAAGAUCUCUGGAAAAGUUACAAAGUCCCUUUCUGCAAGUGCUUUGUCCCUCAUGAUCCCUGGAGAUGUGUUUGGUGUUUCUCCUUUGGGAAGUCCUAUGUCCCCUCAUUCCCUAUCAUCUGAUCCUUCAUCCUCCCGAGAUUCAUCUCCCAGUCGUGAUUCAUCGAUUGCUGCUGCAAAUCCUCAUCAACCAAUAGUAAUUCAUAGUUCAGGAAAAAAGUAUGGCUUCACCAUCCGAGCAAUCAGGGUUUACGUUGGUGACAGCGAUAUCUACACUGUACACCAUAUUGUUUGGAAUGUGGAAGAAGGAGGUGCAGCUUACCAAGCGGGCUUAAAAGCUGGAGACCUGAUUACUCAUAUCAAUGGAGAGCCAGUGCAUGGUCUUGUUCAUACGGAAGUCAUUGAGUUGUUGUUAAAGAGUGGUAACAAAGUCUCAGUAACAACAACCCCUUUUGAAAACACUUCCAUCAAGACCGGACCUGCCAGGCGAAAUAGCUACAGGAGCCGAAUGGUCAGGCGCAGUAAGAAAACCAAGAAGAAAGAGAGUUUAGAGAGGAGAAGAUCUCUCUUUAAAAAGCUGGCCAAGCAGCCCUCUCCUCUUCUUCACACCAGCAGAAGUUUCUCCUGCCUGAACCGAUCACUUUCAUCAGGGGAGAGCUUGCCUGGGUCUCCAACGCACAGCUUAUCUCCUAGAUCACCUACCCCAAGCUAUCGCUCUACUGAUUUUCCAUCUGGUACUAACUCUUCCCAGAGUAGCUCCCCUAGUUCAAGUGCUCCCAAUUCUCCAGCUGGUUCAGGACACAUAAGACCCAGCACUCUUCAUGGCUUGGGUCCAAAGCUUGGUGGGCAAAGAUACAGGUCAGGAAGACGCAAAUCAGCUGGCAGCAUUCCUCUCUCUCCUCUUGCACGGACACCUUCUCCAACACCCCAGCCGACAUCUCCUCAGCGAUCUCCAUCACCAUUGCUAGGCCAUUCAAUUGGAAGUACUAAAAUAGCUCAGUCUUUCCCUCGCAAAAUGCACUCUCCUCCAACUAUUGUAAGGCAUAUUGUUAGGCCAAAGAGUGCAGAGCCACCAAGAUCUCCACUAUUAAAGAGAGUCCAAUCUGAAGAGAAACUCGCACCCUCUUAUGGCACUGAUAAGAAACACUUAUGUUCACGAAAACACAGUCUGGAAGUGACCCAGGAAGAAGUGAAUAGAGAGUUGUCCCAAAGGGAAGUAACUCUUCAGAGCUUGGAGGAGAAUGUAUGUGAUGUGCCGUCACUCACGCGAGUCAGGCCUGCAGAGCAGGGCUGCUUGAAACGACCCAUCUCACGAAAAUUAGGUAGGCAAGAAUCCAUUGAUGAGCUAGACAGAGAGAAGCUGAAGGUCAAAAUAGUUAUGAAAAAGCAAGAUUUUGCUGAAAAAGCCAGUGCUGCUAUACAUGAACCUAGCAGUGAACCAGAAAAUCCCAAUACCUUAAGACUGGAAGAAAGAGACAAAAAAGCAUUCCAGAAGGUAUUAGAAAGAUCAAAUCAGUUUGAAACAAAAAUAGUUGCUUUGGAGACCCAGUCAGCUGGUGGCAUACUCAAAGACACCCUUCAAAAGAAUGCAAGCUUGAGAUCAAAUGAUGGUGUUGCUUUAGAUACACAGAUGUUGUGUCAUGGGUCUCCACCUAAUGAACUCAGUCAUAUUUCUUAUGAUUUCAAAAGAAUUUCCCCUCCAUGUACACUGCAAGAUAUGCUACCUCAGUCCUCUGACAGGAUGCUAAAUGGAAAGGGAGAAAACACAGAUAAAAAUGUACCAGCAAAAGAAUUUGUUAAAUUUGAAAGAUUAGAUGGUAAACUUGCAAAUAUUGAUUAUCUUAGAAAGAAAAUGUCCAUUGAAGAAAAAGAUGACAGUGUCUGUCCAGUGCUAAAACCCAAACUGACAUCAAACAUUCAUGAAUGCCUUCAACUUAAUACCGGCAGACCCAUAAACGUACAGCAGGACUCCACUACAGUUGCCGAUGGUAGAACAUUUAUUGGCAGCGCACAUGCGGCUCAGAUUAACUCAGUUUCUUUUGUUCCUCUCAAGACCUUGAAUGGCCGAUCAGACAUCAGUGUGGAAAAAUCAGCCCUUAUUUCCACUGAGGCUCCUGUCAGAAAAAGUCCUUCAGAAUAUAAACUCGAUGGGAGGUCUGUUUCCUGUUUGAAGCCCAUAGAAGGCACACUAGACAUUGCCUUACUUUCUGGGCCACAAGCUUCGAAGACUGAACUGCCUUUGUGCAGUGUCCUUCCCGAAGGACAGAGCACCAGCAGUGAUGGGGGAUCUUCUAAACCCUCAGCACCACAGGGGAGUGGUGGAAAGGCAGAACUGGCCUGUGAGAAAGAGCAGUCAUUAAGCUAUUCAAAAUUUGGCAAAGUCAGCGUAUCAGAGCCUCAGGUUCUGCAAACAAGCAAGAGUUCUCCAAAUCUACCAGUCAUCCCUGCAGCUGCAGAAGUAGUAACAGAGAAAAAGGUUUCUAGUCCAGCUACUAAAGGCAGUAUUUCUGUUACCGAAGCUGUUCAAAAGAAAGACACAUCCCCUUCAAAACAGAAGGACAAUUCAAUGGAGGUGAAGUCUUGUGUUAUUCAAAGUCAGAGUGUUAAAACUACUGAAAUGCUCUCCAAACUCUCUGCUGUCCAAAACACUCCUGAAAAAGCUGUAGGAAAAGAGAAGCAAAUACAAAAGGAGUUGCCUGCCAAACAGCUGGUAGCCCAGAGAAGUGCUGAGCCUGUCCCUGCGAAGGUGGAGGUGAUCAGGGAAUCAUCUCUGAAGGUAUCUGUCUCAGAUGUCGUGAUAACAAGCUACUCCAAAAGCAGUGAAAAAAAUUGUGCUGAUUUUGCCAUUCCACCUCAGAUGCAGACAGCUGACCCCAAGGCACAACAUAAGGAUGGCAGAGAAUCACUGAAACAGUUAGGCAAAGAUGACAGUAGUGUUGCUAGUAGUUUUGUGGAACGGGAUAAAACCAUACAGAAAGUUCUUGGUGAGUCUAAGAAAGUUAUCAUAGAGUCAAAGACUGAAGCUCUUCCACCCAAAUGGCCCAUGCAACCCUCCAUAGAUUGUGAUCCUAAAAAUGAGAAGUCUGCACCAGUUUCCUCUGUGCAGAAGGACAAUGCCAAAGAUUUAGGAAAGAAAGAUCAGAAACAGCCCACUGACAUAAGGCUUCAAACUACUGAGAGAGAGCAGUCCAGCCAGGUUCCUCGGCAGCAACUUAAUGCUUCAGGCUCCCCUGCUGUGAGAGACACUGUAAGCAGAAGCUCUGCUGUAGAUGUUCAUAUAGGUGUUCAAGAACAUGUGAAGCCUGUUGCCACCUAUGUGGAAAGCAGCAGUAAUAAACACAGGCCAGUCUCUGAUAUGAGUUCCUCUAAGUCUAAGUACUUGGAUAAACAGACAUUGUCACAAAAACCAUACACUCCAACCAUAAAAGAAAAAGAAACUAUUAUUCAGCUGUCUACCAGCUCCUGGAAAGAUGGGAAGCUUGCCAGUAAAAAUGUGCUAGAUCCCCUUUCUUCUGUCUCAGGCUCUUUGAGAAAAAUGAACAAUGAGCAUGUGCAGGCCGAAAGGCCUGUAAAUUUGGAGCAUGGUUCAGUAGCCACGCUCCAAAUGAGCAGCAUCACCCCUGACGCCAAACCCAAAUCCUCUGCUGUUGGCCUGGUACCAGCAGGCCGAGAGAGUUCUAAGCAGAUGCAGAGGCAAGAACCAGCAGGGCAGAUGCAGAGGGAAGAACCAGCAGUUUUGGGGGAAUCUGCUGAUCAAAAGCAACUUCAGCUCAGUGAAAAACAAACCACAUCUCCAAAGUUUUCCACUGUGAAAGACUGUCUCUUGCUGAACAAACAGGCAGACAGAAAUCCUAGUAACCAGAUGAUGUCUGCAGACAAAAGACCUGAAGGAAAAAUAUGCACUGAUGCACUUUAUGUUCAGUUUGACAGUGGGAAAGUAGAGCCUACCGUUUGCCUCGCAAACUGUGAUGCCAGAGGGAAAGGAGCAGAAAAAGCAACUGCAAGUAUCAAAAGCUCUCAAGAUCCAAAAGGGAAAGGACAAGUUAAUCAAAAACAGCCAGAGGAUGCAAACAAGCAGAUUGCAACCAAACAUGUGUCGGCUGCCAGUGGGCAGAGUUCUUGUCGUGUAGCUGCAACACCAGGAAAGCCACUGACUUCUUCAGCCAAUUUCUCUGAAUAUAGACAAGAAAUACCUGUUUUGUCAUCAGUGAAGAGUGAUGCAUCUUCAGCAAAGGUUAAAGCAGGCUUACCUGAGCUUCCUGCAACCUGCAAGGAACUAAGUAAGAAAAGCACCUCUUCCGCAGGGAGCGGUAAGGCAGAAAUUACUAAAAGUGUUUCUCUGAUGGCCUUGCACAGUGCUGCUGUUGCUGUAGAAGCCCACCACCCUGCUUCAAACCUUGGAGGUAAACCUGGAAAUCAAGAGAAGUCUUUUUUUCUUAACACUGUGGAGGUAAAGGGAAAAGAUGCUGUUCAAGCUCAGCUGUCUGCUUCAAGAAAACAGAAUGUAGGUAAAGAUUUAUCCAGGUCAGCCACUACACCUGACCGCUCUAACGCACUUUCUAACGACAAAGACUCAGCUCGGCAGCGGCGAGGAAAGGAACCUUCACGGAGUAGUCCUCACAAAAAAUCCUGUUAA